GGCAGCAGCCACUAGACGCACGUAGCGCCGUUACAACUCGACGAAGGUGCUCGCAGUUUUUCUCGUGUGUCUCGGGCCAAUAGUGUAGUGCGCCACCGACAGCCACUUGGAAUAUUAUAACCCAACAAAAGUACCUCUUUUUUUCCGUAAAUCACCUCUUCCCCUCCUCACCCCGCGACCCCGUCUGCUUAAUCACUCCCGGAGUCGUUUCGCGAGCCCCACGAGAACAAUAAUAAACCGCAGUGAAUAUCGCGUAAAUAAAUCGCAUCGGGAUUGAGGAAAUUCCCCUGGGAGUGCCAAUGAGGCGUGCAACAUUACGAAUGAACGACCAGUGGAUUUAGUGCGAAGACAGAGCCUACCUGGGAUCGUUUAAGAAGCACGUCCCCCGAGACCCCCCCAGCCAAAAUCACACGCCUCACCUCACCCCUGUCCUCCUUAUCCUCCUCCGUUCCCUUCUCCCCAAGUGUUAAAACACCACAGCGUUAUCAAACGCGAGAUAAUAUCAAACAGACUGUUGGAUCUGGUAUGGACGGUAUGGAUAAUAAACCAGUGCUCAAUGAUGACCCCUCGGUCACCCUCACCAUUCGUCUCAUUAUGCAGGGAAAAGAAGUGGGAAGUAUUAUAGGAAAGAAGGGAGAGAUUGUCACGAGGUUCCGUGAGGAAUCAGGCGCCAAGAUAAACAUAUCUGACGGCUCGUGUCCAGAGCGAAUUGUCACUGUGACUGGGCCAACGAACUCAAUUUUCAAGGCAUUUACACUCAUUUGCAAGAAAUUUGAAGAGUGGUGCUCGCAAUUUCACGAUGUACAGGGUGGUGGUGCGGGUGGUGGUGGUGGUACCACACGAACACCAAUAACCCUGAGGCUCAUUGUGCCAGCGUCACAGUGUGGCUCGCUCAUUGGAAAGGGUGGCUCCAAGAUUAAGGAGAUAAGGGAAGUCACUGGUGCACUCAUUCAAGUUGCCUCGGAAAUGCUGCCGAGCUCGACGGAGCGCACUGUCACCAUUUCAGGAACCAGUGAGGCCAUCACCCAGUGCAUAUAUCACAUCUGCUGUGUCAUGCUAGAGUCCCCUCCCAAAGGUGCCACGAUCCCUUAUCGCCCCAAACCCCAAGUUGGUGGGCCAGUGAUCCUGGCUGGUGGGCAAGCAUACACCAUCCAGGGUAAUUACGCGGUGCCCGCCCACUCGGACAUGGGUAAACUUGGGAGCAAUCCACUGGCUGGACUUGCAGCACUUGGGCUUGGAGGGUUAGCUACGCCUGCAAACACAGGAGGUCUGAACCCAGCUGCCCUGGCAGCCCUAGCUGGAAGUCAGUUGCGCACGAAUCACACAAACAGGCAGCAGCCAGCGGCUAACAAUCAGACGCACGAGAUGACAGUGCCAAAUGAACUUAUCGGCUGUAUAAUCGGCAAGGGUGGCACCAAGAUCGCCGAGAUCCGCCAGAUAUCCGGUGCAAUGAUAAGAAUCAGCAACUGCGAGGAGAGAGAGGGCGGCGCUACAGAUCGUACAAUAACAAUAACUGGAAAUCCAGACGCCGUGGCGUUGGCACAGUAUCUCAUCAACAUGAGGAUAUCCAUGGAGACAGCUGGUAUGGCAAUGCCAGCAUACCACUAUAUCGCACCGAAUCACAUCGUCAAGUCACCAAUUCACUAAGAACGAGAUUUUCAGAUAAAUUAAAAGAUUUUGUUUUCUGGGGUACGAGAGGGGGUGGUUGGGAAUGCGAGGGCGAGAGAAAUUCAAGUGAGAUAAAUUGAGGAGUGGGAGGAGUAAGUGGAUGUAGGAAGAGCUGUCUAAAGAACAAAUUAAGCACCGACACUCAAGGGGGAAGACAUUGAUAACAGUGUAUCAACGAUGGGCGCCGAAAAUUGUACAGAAAGAGGGAAAUGUCGAUUUUGGGAGAGAAACCAAGGCUAGCAUGACGAUGAGAGAGAGAAGGAAAAAAAAUAAAUUAAAAUAAUUAAACAAAAAAAUAAAAACAACAUAAUAUUGGACGUUGCAGCUGUUGAGCUGCCGCCGAUUGGUAAAGGGAACAAGCCAAAGAUAUGUUAGUUUUCAUUUUUAUAUUUAAAAAAAAUAACAAAAAGAAAGAUACGAGGGAGUCUUUAAAAAGUAAUGAACAAAAAGUUAUUAUCAUUAUAUUAAUGACUACGAUAUUUUGUUCUUCUCCUUCGUUGUUAUUGAAUUAUUUCGAGGGGAUGAGGGAACUCGUGAUGAAGCCUGAUGAUGUUAAACGAUUAAUAAUUCGGAAGAACAGGGUUUGCAUUGAGAGUUGAGACUAAUGGGAAAUUGUUUCUUGUUCAGCUCUUGAUCAUCUGGUGAAAAUUAUAAAUCUGGGUUCCCUCCUCUCUGUGAGGGGUAUGUAAAAAGUACUAGGCUCGGUAAGGGAUAAUAAAAAAAAAUAAUUGCAUUGAUGCCAAGCAUAUGGAGGGUAAUUAAUUAAUAGUUGAAUUAGCUUCUGCAUGUGGGAAGGAUAAUAAAAACAAAUUACAGAGGUAAUAGGUAAUACAGGGGGUCGUAUCGUCUCUCCGAGGCUGCUAAAACACCGUUCAGAUGUCCGGAAAUGCCGAGCGACGGAAUGAGAGAAAUAAUGUCGUGGGGUAAUGAAAGAGAGAGGGGAAUAAUGUUUUGCAGUUGAAAAAUUCAUUAGACUCCGAGAAUGAAGGAGAGCCGGAUAUUCUCAAUUAUCUUUUGUUAAUUAUUCUUUUGUUGAAUGAAAACAAAUAAAUUAUGUGGAAUAUUAAAUAACGAUAUAUUAUAUACAUAUGGAUAUAUAUAAACUAUAUUUAUUAUACGAUAAAAGAAGAAUUAAUUAGUGGAGAAUAGGGCUAUAUGUGAGGAGUUUCAAAGUUUCGGUACUUUGGAUCGGGAGGUGUCAUGUGAAAAAUAUCCCAUUGACUCCCUAAACAAUGAUUUUUCUCCAAUUCAUUCUUGUUAUUUAUCCGAAAAUUCGUGUUUCUUUUUGAUAAAAUUGUAAUGACUGAUAGGUAAAUCGCGAUAAGAAAAUUUAAUUCGUAAUACAAUUCAUAUCCGAGUGGACACACACACAUACACACACACAUAUCCUUCCUCAAACGUGCCAAAUGAAAAACGUGAAAUGGUAUUAACCAGUGCUUCCUCUAGAAAUCUUGAGCCAUCAGACGAUGAAUUAUUCAAAAUUCUCUCGCCUCGGUUAACGCAUCUUCCAGCAUCUUCCCACUUCGACUCCUUUGAUCUCAUCUGAGAACAAAACUGCAUGAGCAAAAAAAAUACUGAAUUAAAUUCACUCUAAUUAAUUUAUUACGAGCUCAACUGUAAUUGUAAAUAUGAUUAAUCGUUGUAAAUAUUUGUUGUAAUUGUUUUUAUUUAUUUAUAAUUCAUUUUUUCUACGGAGAUCAAAAGAAAUGAUAAAUUGCAAAGCUCAUUCGAUGCUGAUGCGCCAAUUGUCCCUGAUUAUUUAUUUAUUUAUUCCUAUUUAUUUAAUUUAUUGUCGUUCGCUGUGACUCGUUAGCGACGAGGAGUUGCUCGAUUCCCCCGUAGCUCAAUCUAAAUUCAAGGGGAAUAAUCAGUUAAAUAUCGGCUAGAUCCGAGGCGAGACUCGACAGAACCCCCUGAAUCUCUCCACCUGAUAUCAACAAUUAUCGUCAGUUCACCCUCUUUAUUUCCCUGACCCAAAGGUACACAGACAAGAGAAUAAAAAAAAAACACCGGGGAAACGCUAUGAAAACCCGAGCCUCUGCGUUAAAACGAACUAAACUGAAAUGGUUUUAAAAAAAUGAAGAGAUUAAACGAGUUAGUGAGAGACGCUGUAUGAUUGUGUAUAUCAACAAUAAAUAAUUGCUGUGAUUAGAAUCGGUUUAUAGUAAGUAGUUAAGGAGUAAAAACUUAGAUACAUUGAAAAUGUGAAGGCUUUUCGAGUGCACGAAAGAUUACCAAUUUUUGUAUUUUUUUUCCUCGAACGAUCGUUAACGAUAUCGAAUUUAACUUGAAGAGAAAAAUUGUAAAAAAAGUAUCAUUCAAUGUAUAAUAUGGCCCCUGUGACACUGUUGGAUGACUUGUAGUGCAGAAGUGUCUGUUUGUAUGAUUCAUUGAGAUGAUGUUUAGACACAAUGUGAAUUCAAUGUCUCAAGCAUAUCUGGUCUAGGCUUUACUCAAUUAUUGUAAUGUCCUUGCUACCCCAUCUGAAGAGUUAUUAAACAGUUACAUCAGUGGAAAUUGAGGGAUUGAUUGAUUGAGGAACAGCUGGAUGGGUUAUCUCCAUCUUUAGCACAUCUUAUUCAUGUUUCCGGGAUUAUUUUGGUGUCGUAGAGCGAUCUAUUGGUGCAGGGGCCUUAUCCUUACUACUUGGAUGCUGUCAAGGUCCUUAACUUCACCAAUUUCACAUUGAAAUGAAAGAAAUUAAAAGAUCACACUUUGAUUGUCAAUAACUCGAGAACGGCAGAGUGAAAUUCGACGAAUUUUUUUUUCAUUUUGAAGCUUGAGAAGAUACCUUCAAAACGAGCGCUGAUUUUUCCAAAUCGCACCGUCUGGUCGCGAGAUAUUGACGAUUAAAGAAAGUCGAUUUUUCCCCUUUCUAAAUUCAGAAACAUGUGGAUUUUGCAAUUGCUCUGGUUAAAUAUCCAAUUAUCUCGGUAACGAGUGGUUUUAGAGUAAAAUGGCACACGAACUUUUAUGUUAGGUAUUAAAUUUCCUACAAAAAAUCUCUUACAACAUUUUCCUGUAGAACCACUCAUUCCCGAGAUAAAUUGAAACAAUUCGUCUGUCUCUUCACUCCUCAUUACCAAAACGAAAUAAACUUGAAACAGACCUCGUCAGCCAUCCAACUCUACCGUAACGCAAGGCAAUCAGCUAAGAAAUAACUUAGUUUUUAUAGAAUAUUGAGUGGCCUCGUGCAGCUCAUAAUCUCGAUACUGCGUAAAAAUCGAGUGAUUAGAGAUGUUUAAACCUAAAUAAAACCCAUAAAAAAACAAUUUUACGUGGCGUUUCGACGCUGUAUUUUUUGUAUGGCGUUAAUCGCUUGAGAAAGUUAUAACUAUAAAUGUGCAGUUCUAGUGCCAAAAAAAAAAAACACUGAGACAAGUGAAUUUAACGGGUGGGAAGUAUCGAGGGGAGGAAAUC